AUGGUCGACACAUUGCAUUCCAAAUCCGUCCGCGGCACCCUUUCAAACCCAAAGACCAAAGAAGCAAUAAAUUCCUCCAAAUCUACCCCCGAUCUAGGCGAUGGCACGAGUCUGAAACCCGCCAGCGACGACAAGAAGUCUUUCCCAUCAAAUGAUUCCGCUCCACCAGCCGGUCAAGGGAAUGAUACACCGUCUGCCUCUUCGUCCUCAUCUUCAUCUUCAGAUUCUGCUCCCACAGUCUCAGACCCUUAUCGCAAAGCUGGUACAAGCGCUGGUGGCGGCGACAAAAAAGCCACAGGCAAUGGCGGAAACGUAGAGGGUCGAAACAUGGAAGAUGGGAAGCAAGGAGGUAAGAAGAAUGAGGCAAAGGAGAAUCUUCCGCACAGCAAAAAGGUACGAGGUACACUAGCAAAUGACGACGGGGCAAAGGUCAAUAAGACGCAACUCGGAGAUCCAGCCAGCUUGAAAGCGGAGACGAGCAAUACGAAGGAUAUGGGUAGGCAGACGGAAAGAGAGGGGCAAGACAAGAGUGGGAAGAGUAAGCUCUAG